AUGUCACGGCUUGGCAUCGCCGAUUUGGGUGUGGCAACUAUGAAUGAUAUGCGGGAUAAUGCGGCGAUGAUUGCGGGUAUUGAUCCUACUGUCCCUGUGAUUGCGGAUGCGGAUACUGGAUAUGGAGGGCCUCUCAUGGUAGGCCGUACAACAGCUGAGCACAUCACGGCUGGCGUCGCAGCGCUCCACAUCGAAGAUCAAGUAACCACUAAACGUUGCGGCCAUCUCUCUAACAAAGAGCUCGUCUCCCCCUCUACAUUCCACUCCCGCAUCCGCGCCGCAGCCCAAGCCCGCGCUCAACUCUCCCGGGACAUCAUAAUCAUAGCACGCACCGACGCCCUCGCAUCCCUGGGCUGCGACGAAGCCUUCUCGCGUCUCGAAGGUGCCAUAACCGCUGGCGCUGAUGUUGUAUUCCUCGAAGGUGUCCGCAGCGCCGAGGAAGCCAAGAAUUUCUGCGCAAACAUGAGAAAGCUAAGUGUGCCGGUUUUGUAUAAUUGUGUUCCUGGGGGCGUGAGUCCGCUGUUUAGUGUGCAGGAGGCGAGGGAGCUGGGGUUUAGCAUGGUUAUCACGCCGACGCUUGCGCUGGGCGCGGUGUAUGAGGCGGUUGGGAAGGCGUACAGGGACUUGAUGGAGCAUGGGAAUACGAAGGGGAAUGAGGUUGGUGUUAGGGAUUUGUUUGAGUCUUGUGGGCUGAAUGAGGCAGUCGAGUUUGAUGUUAGGGCCGGGGGAAAAGGCUUUGAGAAGGGCGUGUAG